AGUCAACCUUUUUUGUAAUCACAGUUUACUUGUGGAUUCUUUCCGGUUUCUUUUCUGCUAAUUAUUUUAAAAUUAUAUCGUGCAAGUUUCCUGAUCUGUUCAUAUUUUGCCAUUAUUUAUUGGAAGUUUAUCGUAUUUAAUUUGGACUGCAUUAACAUCAUAAAAUGUCUCAAGCUCGAUUUGCUUCAUGUUUACCGCUGCCAUUAGAGCAGAAAGUGUUAGUAAACAUUAUAGAGAAAGCUAAAGAUUGGGCUCUCAUGCAUGGAGUCGGGAUGAGGGAUAAGAAACACUUCAAUAAAGAUACUAUACAGAUAGCACCAUUUGUGCUUCUUCCUUCGCCAUUCCCGAGGGCAGAAUUCACUAAAGCGAUUGAAUUGCAACCAGUUUUAAAUGAACUUAUGCAUAAGGUGGCACAUGAUGAUGGAUUUCUUGAAAGCACACUUCAAAAUGCCCUGCAAGUAGAUGAAUUUACAGCCAAUCUCUACAAUAUAUGGAUAACCGUUCGCAAUGAAGGCAUAUCACAGUCACUCAGCCUUGGCCUCUUCCGCUCCGACUACCUGAUGCAGAAUGCUGAUCGGAAUGCGAUUAAGCAAGUGGAAUUUAACACAAUCGCCUCCAGUUUUGGCGCCAUCACGUCGAAUCUGCCCGCCAUGUCUCGUUAUAUCUUGCGUCAACUUGGCCACGGUGAUCUGAUAAAAAAUAUGCCAGAGAAUCGUGCCUUAUCAGGUCUCUGUAGUGGUAUAACUGAAGCCUUCGACCUCUUCGGUGUACCAACAGCGGUGGUCCUCUUCGUGGUGGAGGAGGUAUCUUACAAUAUAUGCGACCAAAGGUUUCACGAGUUUUACAUAUCAGAGACAAGACCUGAGAUACAGAUUAUCAGAAAAACUAUGAAUGAAAUAUACGAGGAGACAGAAUUAAAUGAUAAAAAACAACUUAUUAUUGACAACAAGCCCGUAGCAGUGGUAUACUACAGGUCGGGAUAUGAACCCGCACAAUAUCCAUCCAGUAAAGAAUGGGACGCGCGUCUUCGAGUAGAGAGAUCUACUGCUAUAAAAUGUCCAUCGAUCGCGUACCAAUUGGCCGGUACGAAGAAAGUGCAACAGGCUUUAGCGGUUCCCGGUGUCCUGGAGAAGUUCAUGGGGGGUGGCAAUGCAACCGAACGAGUCCGGGACAUAUUUACUGGACUCUACUCGCUUGACUUUGACGAGAAUGGUGAGAGAGCCGUGGAGAUGGCACUGGAGGACGCUGAGAGGUUCGUGUUGAAACCGCAGAGGGAAGGAGGCGGCAACAAUCUGUACGGUUCCGAUGUACGAGAGGCUCUUAUACGCAUGCGUCAUAGUCGAGAACGCGCCGCGUAUAUACUCAUGGAGAGGAUACUGCCUCCGCUGGUUCCCGGGUAUGUGGUACGGCCAGGUGCUGCAGUGCCGCCCCCUAUCACUGAUCUCGUGUCGGAACUGGGCAUCUUCGGCGUCAUCAUCGGUACAAAAGAGAAGAUAUUUUAUAAUAAGCAAGUGGGACACAUGCUUAGGACCAAACUGGCGGACGCUAACGAAGGGGGCGUGGCUGCGGGACUCGGGGCUUUAGACUCGCCAUAUCUUAUAGACUAAUAUGAAAUAUUUAACUUAAAAUAAUUUGCCUAUGAAUAUUAUA